UUCAUAAUACACUUAAAAUUCACCAUUAAUUAGAAAAACUGUGAUAAAAAAAUUUCGUGUAAAAUCUGAAGAAUUUUGUGCAAAUAAUUGUUUUUGUGAUUUAUUAUGACAUUUGUUUAAAGGUUAUGUUGACAUUAGUAUAUAAAUUAAUAAUUUAUUUUAAUUAAAUUACAAGUAUAUAAUUAGUGUCACAAUUUAAUUAACAGUGAUUAGUGUCAUUUAACAGUGUCACAGAAAUUUACAAAUAUGUUUCAGUGGUUACAUGAAAAUUUGUCAACUCUUUUAGAUUUUCCAGUUCCCGAUGAUUUAACAGAAUACAUUUUAUCCAUUGAAAAUGAAAGAGAUUUGGACGAAUAUUUACGAACUCUGUUGGAUUACGAUAAUCCUAAACAUAAGCAGUUUAUUUCCGACCUAAAAAAACGAAAAGCUUCCAAAGAAUUAAUUGGAUACAAAAAAUCAACUUCAAAUGAAGAGUCAAAUUUAAAACCUGCCAAUGAGAAGAAAAAGGGAAAAAUUAAAUUAAGAGAUUCUUCAAUGGAUGUUGUGAAACCCGAAAAAGUGGAGAAGAAAAAAAUUAAGUUCGUUAAUCUUUAUGCAGAAGAUGGUCGUGAUAGAUCUAUCUUACUUAAAGGACGAUAUAAAUGUGAUUGUGAAGGGAAGCAACAUUCACUUAUAAAUAAUUGUCUUAAUUGCGGAAGAAUAGUUUGCAAUCAAGAAGGCGCUGGUCCCUGUUUUUUUUGCGGUGAAUUAGUUUGUUCGCCUGAACAACAACAAAUUCUUGCUGGUAAUUCAAGACAUGCAGACAAUUUAUACAAUCAACUAAUGGAUAAGAAACCAAAAGGUUACGAGGAAUCAGUAAAGCAGAGAAAUAGACUUCUUGAAUUCGAUAGAAAUAGUGCACAAAGAACAAAAGUGAUUGAUGAUGAAAGUGAUUAUUACCAAUCGAAUAGUGUUUGGCUAUCAAAAACUGAGAAGGAACGAUUAAAAAAGCGCGAGGACGAAAUUCAAGCUCAAAAACAUAAAUCUCGAUUAGAUCGAAAGGUGACUUUGGAUUUUGCAGGUAGAGAAAUUGUUGAUGAGGAUACACAUAUUGAAGAAACGGAAAUCGAUGAUUUUAUGGAUAAUAAUGAAUUUUCAAGUAGUAACACAUAUCGAACAAUGGAAUUUGAACGACCAACUUAUGUGGAAUUAAAUUUAUGGCCACGCGAAGUUAAAAAAACAACUGUUAACGAUAAAUCACGAAUACAAGAUAAAGAAUAUUUAGAAAUGUCAGACGAAGGAUAUUGUUUAAGUAUGCAUCAACCUUAUGCCUCUCUUCUCGUUGAAGGAAUAAAAAUUCACGAAGGUCGUACUUGGUAUUCAUCGCAUCGAGGAAGAUUAUGGAUUGCUGCAGCAUCCAAAGUUCCAAGUAGUGAAGAAAUUUCUUCCUUGGAACAACAAUAUAGAAUUUUGAAAAAUGAGAAUAUCACGUUUCCUGAAAGUUAUCCCACAGGAUGUUUAUUAGGCUGUGUCACAGUGACGGAUGUUUUAUCACAAGAAGAAUAUCGAAAAAUUUAUCCAGAAGGCGAGAGUGACUGUCCAUAUGUUUUCAUUUGCGAAGACUUUUAUCAGCUUCCAAUUAAAUUUCCAAUGCAAGGAAAACACAAAAUUUAUAAACUGGAUUCAAAGAUACAUCGUGCCGCUGUAAAAUUACUGGAAAGGGUUAUGAAAAUUAGAUCCAAUGUUAAAAACAAUGUGUAAAUUUUAAUUGAAUUUUAAAUAUUAUUUAAUUAUUUUAAUUACCGUUUUAAUUAAGUUCUCGAAAGUUUUAAAAACUUUUUUUGUUAAUGAAUUAAUAAAAUUUUUCAAAGUUCAAAUAAA